CAAAGCCUACGGCUACCCUGGACAGAACCAGUCCAGAGCUCAUGGAGCGUCCUGAGCUGAUAUUUUCUUGUUACCUAGGCAUGGCUUGUCCUGUGGCUUGAGAUGGGGUGUGCGAUUGGCGGGAACAAGCCAAGAGCUUCAGCCUUCCGGUGAGGGUGUCAUCCACGCAACUCAUCUUCAGCCUGGUCGGUCCGCUCAAGGAAGCCUGCUACUUCUCAGCCUAAAUCCCUUCUCCAGUAUUUCUUCUACUUUUCUAUGGGCGUAUAUUCACGCAAACGUUACAAAAAGCGCAACCAUGUCCACGUCCACGACGGCCGGCUCCCCAUCGCCCUACGAAGCUCUCCCUUUAUCGCAAGGAGAAAUACGGGUUCUGGAGGUUGCGCCCGCAAGUUUCGAUGAGCCCGUCGAGUGCACCAUGAAACGCGUCUCGCUUGUCGAUGAUCCGGUGCCAGCCUACGAGACUAUCUCGUAUUGCUGGGGAGCUCCUCGAGAUCCGUCCGCUAUAAAGCUCAACGGGCGUCAGAUACAUGUACCGGCAAACUCCGAGGCUGCUGUUAGGCGCAUGCGACUGAGCGACCGACCGCGAGUACUUUGGAUCGAUGCCAUAUGUAUAGAUCAGUCAUCGGUGACAGAACGCAGCGCCCAAGUGACGUUUAUGACGACCGUUUACAGCGCCGCGGAGCACAACCUCAUUUACCUCGGGGAAGAUGACGACGAUAUGGCUGAGAGUGCCGUGAAGGCUCUUGAGGACGUUAUGGACGACAUGCGCGUCCCGACUGCCGAAUUCACCUUACUACACGAAACCGUCAGCAAUCACAAAACGGGCACCCAGUUAUCCUCAAAUGAACCGUUCAGCGCGAGUGUUGACCUCAAAGCUCUCGAGGCUCUUUUGAGUCACCACUGGUUCAGACGUCUGUGGGUGCUUCAAGAAGCAGUUCUUGCAUCAUCCAAUACCUGCCAUUGGGGUACUUAUACUUUCGAUCUUCUCGAUACAGUACGAGCUGCAGCAUGGCUCAUGUACAGAUGUCAUUUUAUCUCUGAUAGUCUUUUCUAUUGCGAUGGCUUGCAUUGUGCCAUCGAGAUGUUCGAACUUCUCUGCCCCGACCAUCGCUUUACUUCGAGGCGCGAAUAUCUAGCCAGCAUGUUCAUGACCAUUCGACACUUCGAAAAGACCGAGCCAAAAGAUAGCAUCUUUGCCAUUCUGGGCUUACUGGACAAAAACACGUCUCUAGAAAGCAGUCAAGUGGCAUUACUUGAGGUUGACUAUGUGAAAUCGCUUUCUGGCGUAUUGCGAGAUGCUACACGGUAUUCUCUGUGUCAAAAAGGCGAUCUACGCGCUUUUAAUUUCAUCAAUCACCGCUUCGAUGUGUUGACUGAUUGCCAAUCGUUUCCGACAUGGGCCAUUCGCGCGGAUCUGCAACAAGAAGUUAGCGACGCUGUAGAGCUACCCUAUCAUUUCGAUGCUGGUGACGGUCUCGAGGCGCCAUCUUUACUUGAUGAUGUUUCGCUUGGCGAAGAAGUAGUGCUUCUCCAAGGAAUAGUGGUCGAUGAAGUAUAUCAAACGACCGCCUCGUGCCUAAGAAGUACCUGGGAGAACAAGGAAGAGUUCAACGAGUGGCUGAUCUCUGUCAGGGAUACAGUUUUGCGCCAUUGCAACGUCGCGAGUCAGGAAGAGCUCUUUCUAGCCACGGCCUUCGCUCUUGUGGCUGGCGCCACUUGGGGCGGAAGACGCGCACAGUCGAGUGAUCUGCAGGUACUUCUAGAUUAUUUCAAGAGCUCGACCUCGAACGAAAAUGAUGCAGCCUUAGAUGGCAUCAGGAUCACGAAAGGCUUGAACUCAGGAAAGAUGAAGUUGAUAUACGAAAAUUCCGCCACUUAUCUCUGUUCGGACCGCCGUUUCUUCGUUACCGAGAGUGGACGCGUGGGUAUAGGGCCUCGUUGCAUGCAACCCGGAGACAUCGUUGUAGUCCUAAGAGGAGGGAACAAGCCUUUCAUCUUGCGAAAGAAAGUCGACGGUUACUGGCUACUUGGCCAGGCUUACGUGCAUGGUAUAAUGGACGGCGAGGCAGUACAAAUACACAAGGCUCGGGGCGGAUCAGAGGAGGUGUUCCACAUACGGUGAAGGCAACGUCUUUCUGCAGGGAAGAUCUGGCGGAAGUGCAGCUCUGGUGACAUAUGCAGAUUCGAAGUGAAUGCGAGUAUGGAGAAUGACAGGGGAUAGUGAACAAUGACUAAUGC